AUGGCGGAAGUGGAGGCCGAGGUGGAGGCGGAAGUCUGUCUGGAGGUGGCGGUGGAUUCGGUGGCGGUGGAUUCGGAGGUGGAGGAUUCGGAGGCAGCAGCGGAGGUGGAGGAUUCGGAGGCGGCAGCGGAGGUGGUGGAUUCGGUGGCGGUGGAUUUGGAGGCGGCAGCUUUCGGAAUCCGUCUGUGUCACGACUGCCUCAAGGGUGCCAAUGAGUGCCAGUGUCGUGGUUUCGGUGCCGGUGGAUUUGGAGGCGGAGGAUUUGGAGGCGGAGGAUUUGGAGGCGGUAGCGGAGGUGGUGGAUUCGGUGGCGGUGGAUUCGGUGGCGGUGGAUUCGGUGGUGGUGGAUUCGGAGGUAGCAGCGGUAGUGGAUUCGGCGGUGGAAGAGGACGCGGUAGUUACGGAAAAACGGAACAAGAUAUGAAACAUGCCGAAACACUUCCUAAAAAGGCUUUCGGAAAACGUGUCAGUGUCACGACCGCUGCCUCAAGGGUGCCACGAGUGCUGUUGGCCGUGUAUAAAUGCAGGGACAGGCGUCGUCUGGCCACACUUGGACGCUUCUUGUCCCCUGCAGCAGUCAUGAACCGCCUUAUUCUUGUAACUGUGGCUGUGGUAGCCAUGGCGUAUGUGGCAGCAGCUGGCGGAAGUUAUGGUGGAGGCGGUAGCGGAGCUGGAUUCGGCGGCGGCCGAGGCGGUGGUGGAUAUGGCGGAAGUGGAGGCCGAGGUGGAGGCGGAAGCGUAAACCGUGGAGUUCUGAUCGGCGUAGGUAGGCUGUCUGGAGGUGGCGGUGGAUUCGGCGGUGGAGGAUUCGGAGGCGGCAGCGGAGGUGGUGGAUUCGGUGGCGGUGGAUUCGGAGGCGGCCGUGGAGGUUUCGGUGGUGUACCUUGUUGUGUUGGUGCCUCUGCUCAUAAGAAUGCACUUAAAUACACAAUAUUUCCCAAAGAUUCUUUCGGAAAACGUUUCAUUGUCACGACCGCUGCCUCAAGGGUGCCACGAGUGCCGGUGCCGUGUAUAAAUGCAGGGACAGGUGCCGUCUGGCUACACUUAGGUGCUUCUCGUCUCCUCCAGCAGUGGAAGACGGUUUGA